AUGGAGAGAAUCAUUCGAUCUAACGCUGUCAAGCAGCGUUAAGUCCGUUAACCUGUCGUCUUUGCAUUCAAUAUUAUGCUGAACCACUACUUGGCCUACAACACCAAACAGUACGAUACUAUUCAAAGAAUCAUAAAGUACGAGAACAAAGUGAACUAUCUCUACAUGCUGCCAAAUAUUAGCAAUCACUCAAUGAAUAUCGAGCAGAGAGCUGAGCAGCUAGCCAAGUCAUUAAAGAAAAUAUCAAAGGAUAAUUAAGGCCAGAGAGUGCACGUCAUUGCUCACAGCUUUACUGGCAUUGAUGUAAGAGCAGCUAUUUCGUUGUAUGGAGCAACAAAUGUGCAAAGCUUGUCCACUGUCUGCACUCCUCACAAGGGAAUGAAGUUGAUUGAAAAACUUCAUGCUGAUAGACUUGAAGAUUUAGAGAUUGUAGAUAAAAUUUUUGAGGCUUGCGGUGUAUCAUAGAAAUGUGUGCAUGAAUUCCAUCCCGAAAAUAUCAGAGCUUUUAAUCUUGUUGCUGAGGACAAUUCAACUACUGACUAUUACUCAGUGGGUUCAAAGAAAAAGUUCUUCCAUGCCACUGACUCACUCAGAUAUAGUCACGAUCUACUUUCAAAGAGAGAGAUUUAAAACGUGAGUGAUGGAAUAAUGCGACCAGAGGACUGUGAAUGGGGUAGAUACUUGGUGACCUUUGAGCAGGAUCAUUUAGAGAUAGUAGGGUUUAGCCCUGAUUACAACCCAAGACAGGUUUACAAUUUACUUGUCGACAAUAUAAAGCUGAAUGAAGUCAAAAACGACCCAGUUGAAGCCAAGAAAUAUGGUAUAGAAUAUUUGUUUCAAUGA